GUGCUUGUAGGGCUGAGCUGCCGCUGAGGCUGCACCGUCCACCCUGACAGCCCGCUCACAAAAUGGACCAGGAAACCCUGGGAAGUGUUGUCCUGCUCGCCAUCGUCACCUUGAUAAGUGUUGUCCAGAACGCCUUUUUUGCUAGCAAACUGGAGCAUGAAAGCAAACACUGCAAUGGCAAGGGGUUCCAGCGGCCGGGAUCUUCUGCCUUCGACCGCGUUUACACUGCCAACCAGAACUGCGGACACGCGUACCCUACGUUUCUGGCCGUGCUGUGGUGUGCUGGUCUUCUCUGCAGCCAAGCUCCUGCCGCCUUUGCUGGCCUGAUGUACUUGUUUGUGAGGCAGAAGUACUUUGUGGGCUACCUUGGGGAAAGGACUCAGAGCACUCCCGGUUACUUGUUUGGAAAGCGCAUCAUUUUGUUCCUGUUCCUCAUGUCCGUGGCUGGAAUACUCAACUACUAUCUCAUCUUCUUUUUUGGAAGUGACUUUGAAAUGCACAUAAAAACGAUAACCAGCGCAAUCUCUCCAUUGCUGCUCAUCCCCUAGCUCCCCGCAGCACUGAGCGGGUCAGCGUGCUUAAUAUAUCGAUACCCAGAAGCAGCCAUAAUUCAACUGUUUAAGAAAUGAACCCUUAACCCUUUUAGAUUGCUGUAAAUCUCGUGCUUGAUGGGCUUUGUAGUUUGAUUUAACCUUGCUUUUUCCUUCAGGAAAAAGAUUUAUCGUGAGCCCUGAGCACGCCCAAGGAAUGGUAACAACUUCCAGUUAAUUCUUUAGAGUUUUUUUCCCUAAACUGCAGCUUGCAAGCUGAUUGCAUGACUGGAAGAGACAUUGUAUGCUUCCUUCAUAAC